UUUCCAUAGAGAAAAUAUCAGAGCCCCUUCCUUAAGAGUGAGGAGGGGGAAGAGUGAACGAGAGAGGGGGAGCAGACUUUCAAGUCAGAGGCAGCUGCCUGAUGAAUCUCUUUAUCCUGGGAGGCAGAGAGAAGGGAGCGUCACUCAUCAGCACUGCCACAUUCAGUCGCAGAGUGGAAGUAUGCCUCACACUAGGCUUCUCCUGCUACUACUUAUAGUGUGCAUGGCCCGAUCCAGUCUUCACUACAACUUUUACAAAGCAGAGUCAAUUUUUAGCUGCCUGAAGGAAGUACUUGAGGAGGCCAAGAGACGGAGCUUAGAAGAAAACUCUGUUCUAAGUAAGAGGGGUUAUGAAUUUGAACCAAGUGAUAAUCUUCUGUCCCAAGAAGAAGAGGAGGAAGAAGAUGAGAAAGAGAAAAGAACAUUUCCAGCUGCACGAUACAGGUAUCUGUCACAAGCACAGGUGAAGGGCAAGGUUUACCAAAACAAGGCAAAAAGUGACCGGCGGACCAAAUUCACCCUCUCGUUGGAUGUACCAACCAACCUUAUGAACAUUCUCUUCGACAUUGCAAAGGCUAGAAAUCUGAGGGCAAAGGCUGCAGCAAAUGCCCAACUCAUGGCCCAAAUAGGUAGGCGAAAGUAAGGCUGGCUAGGCCUUGCGUGGGACACAUAGGAGGGUACAUACAUUAGCACAAGACUUGUGUCAUGAGAAGCCCUCCCAUCCCACUCAUGGCCGCAUCAUGGAACUUAUCUUUGUACAGUACACUGCUAUAUUUUGAGUCCUUCAAAGCUGCAUUUACUUCCUACAUGUUAUUUCCCAUGGGGUGAUGUUUCACCCUCCUCUCCCCCUUUAAAUUUAAUUUUAAUUUUUUUUUAUUUUUUUGCUCUCACUUUUUCUCUCUCUCUCUGUCUCUUUCUGAAAUCUAUGUGUUUUGGCUUUAUCUCAAUAACAUGGGUUUAUUAUAUCAUAUUUAAUUUUUUUGUUACAAUUUCCUUUGUAAUCUCCCUUGCCUUUACAUGGAGAUUUUAAUGCAGAAGUCGAAAAUUAUUAAAACAUAUGUUUGCAUCUCCCACUGUGAUGUUUUUUUUAUUAAAACAAAUCAUUUCUGAAACCCCAGAGCUUUUUGUUUAUAUGUGAGCUCUUUGCACACCCUGUGAUAGAAAAAUGAAAAGCUAUGCAGCUAUGCCAUUGCCCGUUUAUUAGCUGAACGAUUAAAUGAGCAAACCGUUGUAGUUUUAACAUUUCAUCACUGAAACUUUUCAACCUUCUAACAAGCAAAACCCAUCUUUUACUUAAUUAAAAAGAAACACCCUGGUUGGAUCCUAUGUUGGUAAUGAAAAACUCCCCUUCCUUGAAAUGACUGCUGAGCAGUUUCAACAAUUGCAGUUUAUCUCUUUUGAUUCAAACAAUGUUUGUUUUUUUUCUUCAGAAAAGAAUGCCCAUCUAAUGAGUGGAUUGUUAUUUUAUUGAACAAGUGGAUCCUUAACAAACAGAAACUUUCCAGCAUGCCUAACAUUUCUGUCACUUAAGCCUUAUAUACACUACAGUUUAGUGUAUACCAGGUAUACAAGCUCCACCGGUCUUACCCACUGAGCUGUUGUGUUCUGACAGGGGGACAGCGCCCCUGCCAGAACACUCCGAUCAGCGCUCUCUGCCAUUGGUUGAGAGCUCUGAUCAGGAGUCCUUAGCUACUGGUUUUCCAGCAUGCACGUCAGACAGAAUCCGGCUUCUGCUGGACAGACCAACAUACACACGGGCAGAAUGUCGGCCGUUAUUUCCCGACAUUCUAGACUCUAGACCAGUGGUUCUCAACCUGGGGUCGGGACCCCCUCGGGGGUCAAAUGAUGAUUUGCCAGGGGUCCCCAAAUCCUGGGCUGUUUCUGAAGCCUGCACCGCUCUCCCAGCCUUUUCGUGGCUGCCCAGCAGAGCUGUCCCUAGAGCCUAUGGCCACCCACUCAGCCUCUUCGCAGCUGUCCAUUCAUUUCAUGGCAUGGGU